AUGGAGGCCAAGCUGAUGCCUGCAGAGGUCGAGGUUGAACGCGCAGAGACAAUCGCAGAGCCCUUGCUCAACUUCGCAGAGGCAGCUCUGGCUGCGGGUCAAGCUGCCGCAGAAGCGACCGCGACACCCAAAGCGAAAGCAAAGACCAAGGAGAAGGAAUCAUCGAAGCCGGCCAAGAAAAAGGGCGAGAAGCACGAGCUUCCAACCGCCGAGGUGGUGGCGCUGGCAGCAAAACACGCAUCAGAAGCAGCCGUGCAUCUUCAGGGAGUCCAGAAGCUGCUGGACCAGAAGCGAAGCAACCAGCAAGUCCUGUUCUCCACGCCCAUGAAGAAGGUGCUGGAGAAAGUGGAAACGCGCAUCAAAAGCGCGCAGAAGAAGCUGGAUCGCAUCAAGAUCGCUCAGAAGGAGUUGCGCGAAAGGGAGACAAGCACGGCUUUGGUCAGUGAUGUGGCCGAGAAGAUGGACUCUGUUGCGAAGGCCGCGCCGUCAGCUGCCGCUGAGAAGUUGGAGAUUAGAG